GAAUGUUGUUCAGUUUCAUUUCAUGAGAAGUACACACCCACAUUGUUAUAAAUUCUGGCAGAAGGCUCGAGACUCGGGAGCAGUCCAGUCUGGAGCAGGGAGCAAACUACGACAUGGGAUUGUUAACAAUAGCAGCCGCUGUAGCAGGUGCAGGCGGAGCAAUUGCUGCAGCACCAUUGGUUCUCGGGGCUGUGGGUUUCACCGCAGCAGGAGUUGCUGCGGGUUCUUAUGCCGCCGGUAUGAUGUCAGCUGCAGCUGUGGCUAACGGAGGAGGAGUCGCAGCUGGAUCUCUGGUAGCAAUUCUUCAGGCAGCAGGUGCUGCUGGUAUCCCUGUAGCAGCUCAGGCUGUUGUCGGUGCGGUGGGCGGUGGUGUGGCUACAGCAGCUGCGAUAUUGAUUUGAAGUAUCAAAACCGAAAGCGCAAUGAAGACCUGCAUGUGAACCCCUUUUACUACAUAACCAUGUAUAGCGCCUCCUACCUUUCUAAAGUGGAAUUUUGUAAGGAGCAGCUCCAGGUUCAAUAACUAUAUGCCUGGGUGUUGUAUUAAGGACCUAUACACUUGCAUAAAUAAAUAAAAUGUAUUUUGUGUCAGACUGAUUUUUCUACUUCUUUGAAAAAACGAGUAAUCAAUAUAUAGAUUGUAAGAUUAAAAAUAUAGGAAUGUAUUACUUGGUCACAUCUUGUCACAACCCCUUGUGCUGAUAGUGAUCAAAGACUAUUGUCACAGCUGUUUAUUCAAUACAGUGGGGGUUAAAGGUGGUCUUCUGAUUGGUCAGUUUGAAAGUAUUAUGUUGGGUUUGGUCAAGUACAGUGGGGGUUAAAGGUGAUCUUCUGAUUGGUCAAUUUGAAUGUAUCAAGUUAGGUUUAGUCACAUGGUCAAGAGAUAGAGGAUAAAGGUCAAUGUUUUCAUGAGCUCUGGGCUUUUGCAUUUUGGCUUUUGCCUUUGCCUUUUCCCCUUUCCUUUCUUUCUUCACCUAAGUUCUGAGGUUCGGGCCAUUAGGCCUAGAUUUCAGUUCUCAAGUGUGAAUCUCUUUCUUCUAAACGUUCUUUCUCUGUUCUCUAUCUUAUCAGGUAUCUCACAUACAUUGGAAACAGUCAAUUGUUUGCAUUAUUUACCAUUUCAUGCAUUUAUAGUGUAACCAUUUCAAUUGUAACUUUAAGUCAGUACUGUAAUUAAACCUUUUCAUUUACAAAUCUGUUGUUUAGUUUUGAUUUAGUGUUAAUACUUAAACACUCUAUAUUGCAAUACGAUAUAUUCGUACUCUAGCAACGCUCCCAGUCAACCUGAGAUCCCUUACAAGAUCUAAAUAUUUUCUAUGAAAAAGAAAACAUGUCCUUAUCAAUAGCCUACUAUACAAUGGUGAGUUUAAUGAAAUAAUAAUUAGAACAGAAAAUAUAAAAAAGCCAAUUAUAGAAAUGUCCAGUUGAUAGUUUGCAUGUAUUGAAGUGUCACUGUACCUUUAAGUAUAUAAUUCAAUCAGAAACCAGUUAUAUCAGAAACCAGAUCUAUAACAUUCAAUCUUUUUUUCUCACAACGUUUUUUCUUUAAACAUUUUGAAACAUAACUUUUAAAUAAUAAUUAUCCUUAGACAAGUGAAGAAUUUGCAUAACAAUUUUUUAAUAAUACAUAAUGACACCGUUUGUGCCCUGUAUUUUAAUAUAAUUAGCUUGAACCUGCUACAUCUGCCUUAACAUGAUCUCAUGAGAAGAACUCAGCAGGAAACUUUCGCUUGCAACCAUGUUAGGACAAUUUACACAUUACAACAUCUUUUUACUUUUUUACUUAAACAUCUUUACACAUUUUCUUUGCAAUUGCAUCAACUAUUGUAUUUGAAUAUGAUUUGUCUUAAAGCCACAUUCUCUGAUCUAAAUAUAACAUCUGAGUAGGCCUAUAUUCAGUAUUUCUCCUUUUAUUGGACGUCUUACUUUAUAUUGAAAAACGUACUUUUAUUUUUACUUUUCAUUGCCAUUUCUUUACUUAGUUUUUUUUUCAUUACUUUUAUUGCUAUUUAAUGUUCGUUGCCCUUCUACCCUAUGUUCUCGUGAGGUAAAAACAAAAGAAUUUAAUUGUACCAGGGUACAUAUGACAUUAAAAAAAUUCUUGAAUCCUGAAUCUAAUAGUUUAAUAAUUUGUCUAAUUAUGUGGAGGAAAUAGUUUAAAAAAUCUCAACAAUUAUUGGUUGGGAAUGUAUCACUCAUUUCAUUCAACAAGUUGACUUUUCGUUAUCAGGCUUAUUGGGAAAACAACAAACAAGGUAUAUGAUGAUAUUAUUAAGUUUAUAAAAGAAUGUGAACUAAAUAGAGAAUAUACAUAAUGUAUUGUAGAUAUAUAUCCUGAUUUACAUUCCAGUCCAGACAGGGGCGGUAUUGCUCCUAUAAGUUAGUUUGCCAACCGCCAAUAAACACCUAAGAAGAAGAAAAAUAAGCUUUCUCAUUCAGCCGAAACACUAGGUGGCGGUAAUAGAGUUUAAUACCUUAAGCAACCAGAGUCCGAGUGAAUGUGAUUAAAAACACACUCUCCAAAGCAGGAACAUAGAUGAGGCGCAAUUUUAAAAUGAUUUUAUGACAAUAUAUUUUAAACAAUUAAGUGUGCGUGAUCUGGAGUAAGGGGGAAGAAUGGACAAUUUCAAGGGACCGCUAGUAACAGAUUGCGAGGAGCUGCUGGGUCGUUUUCAGGCGACCGAGUCCGUUCGGUUCGAGCGCUUUUCAGCGAUCUGGAGAGACAUGAACUUUAGCAGCAUCUUCAAUGGCAAACCGGAGCCUAAAGAGAGAAGACACUUCGCUCGUUUGGCUCUGUCUGUCGUGUCUCCAUACUUUUAUCCCCCCUACACCUUCCAGAUCAGAGCCGGGGGGCUUUAUCUCCUCUAUGGGCUCUUCAAUGCACAGCUCUGCAGUCCAAAAGAGAAGAUCCGCAUCGCUCUGAAGGACUGGCAGGAUGUCAUGCAGUUCCAGCAGGAUGCAAUGAACGCUCAACAUUAUGAUGUGAUUUAUAUCUUUAGAAAGCUUCUGUCAGAAAAAGCAUUUUUAUUUACAGCCAUGCCAACAAAGCUCUUUUCUCGGAUGAAGAGAGAAGAUGGAAAGGUGAAGAAAAUCUGUGAAGAGUUUGUUGAUCCAUCAUCACGACCUCAGGAACUCAUCACCACAGAAGUGCUAGAGGAACUGGAGAACGUGCAUGAACAUUAUGAGGACCUGAAGAAAGCAGUUUUUAAUGAUCCUGACCCAAACAUGAUCCUUAUCCAACAGAACCUGAUCUCCAAAUUAAACAAUGCCGUCCUCAAUUAUUCCAACUGGCAGAAUAAGAACCAUUCAGCAUCUGAGGACCAGGAUGCUGGAGAAGGGCCUUCAAAUCAAGAUAGCUCCAGCAGAGCCCAGCUGUUAGCUUCAAUCAAAUCUAAAUCAUAUGGACAGGUUAUGGAGGCCUCAAAGUCCCGACGUCACCGACAGGCACAGCUUGUGCCGUCAGCCGAUGCAGAUCUAACAUGUAAAGUCUCUUCAAAGAAAAAGAGAAAACCAUCUCUUAAAAAUCGCACACAGUCACGCUUCAAGAUUCAAGGAAAAGAGAGAGAGAUACUGAAACAUGCGACACGCCUUUGGCGUUUGAGUGCGGUGAAAGAAGAGACGGUGGCAGAAAGAAAGAAGCCAUUCAACUGGAACCCUAAGAUGGAAAGUGAUGUCAUGUAGCGUUCAGUGGAUCUGGGCAGACCAAGACUGGAGGAUGUGUAUGAAUGUAAAUUUUAUUAAGGUUGCGGUAUUCAACAUUUUAAGGAAUAUUUGGUAUCCAAAUAUCAUACAUGUGCAAGACAAGUACAGGUUUUACUUCUCUUUUAGUAUUUUAGAUGUUUUUGACAAUGCAGUUUGUUAUAAGGUGCAUGAUAAAAGAGGUUAUAAUUGAACAAUGCCACAACAUCAAAUGUAUAAGAAAUUGACUAUUUGCCUGAUAUGUAAAACUGAAGUUUUUAAUUGUAAUGUGUUUUUAGGUAUCUUAUGAAAAUGUUUACAUGUGUUCAGUUUUGCACAUUCUGUCUUUCUUGUUUUUAUUUUUAUUUCACUUUGUGUUGUAAUUUUGCUGGUUAAUUCAACACAUAAACAGAAGAAAGAAGGA